CCUGCUGGGGAGUUUCACUGUCAUUUCAUCAGCUGCUUUCAUGUUUGGAUUGACUACAGACAAGAUGCAAGUUGGGAUGAACCUCACUGACCUUCUGCUCAGGAACACAGAUGAAACACCUGGUUGCCACAGCAACCAUCCAUGGAGCAUCACCACUGAUGAUACCCCGAGCCCUGCAGCAUCUGCUGCAGAUGACUUUCUUGAAGCCCUGCUGGGUGGCAGUGAGCCUUCCUCAGCUGCAGCAUCCCCUCUGUGGUCACCAUGCACUACUGACAGUGGUAUCAUGGAUGACCCUUCAGUGGAUCCUGUGGAGAGCCUUCAGCAGCCCUCCUGUUUUGCUUUUCCAGGCUAUAACGCAUUGUCUUUGCCUCAGCCUCCCCCUUUGAAGAACGAGCCAGAUGAAAACGAAAUAAAGCCUCAUGUCUCCAUAGAUCUAGGCUGGGAAUCUGGUGGCCUCCAGGAACAGUUUGGCAGCAUCGCAUACUACCUCACUGCAAACCAAACGUCCCCUCUGUUGUCUGCUCAGACGCUCACAGUGAAGGACCUGCUGCUCUCCAACCUGACACAGAAAUCACAGCAGUUUCCCCAGAAUUCCCUGCAGGAGCUUGUACUCAACGAGGAUGAGAAGAGACUCCUGGCUAAAGAAGGGGUGAACUUACCCAGUAAACUCCCCCUGUCUAAGUUUGAAGAAAAGGUUUUGAAGAAGAUCCGGCGGAAAAUCCGAAACAAGCACUCGGCUCAAGAGAGUCGGAAAAAGAAGAGGGAAUAUGUUGACAGUUUGGAGGGAAGGAUGUUUGCCUGCAAUGCUAAAAAUCUCGAGUUGCAGAGAAAGAUCCAGAAGUUGGAGGAGACAAACAACACUCUGCUGGAGCAGCUAAGCCAGCUUCAGGCUCUCCUCCCGAACAGCUCCAGCAAAACGACUCAGAGAGGGACCUGCAUCCUGGUUCUGCUCCUCUCUUUCUCCCUCAUCAUUUCGUUAAAUCUGCAGCCAGAGCCAUACAGCCAACUUGGCCAAGAGGAGUACUCGCUGACCCGAGUGCUGUCACGCUCCCUGCAGUCCACGGAUCAAGGACAAGACGUCCCUCUGCUGUCUGAUGGUGAAGCUCUGAGCCUGGACAGCUCUCCCUACAGUAGACUUCCCUCUCUGUCACCUCCAAGAUGA